GUUUGGUAUUUGUUUCCGGGGUGGAAGCAGCUGGUGUCUGCAGGUCCACGAAGCCAUCCCUUUCCUGGGGACUCAGAGUCUCAGGCUUGGCUACAGUGCUGGAGCCUGCCUCCCCCAGCCCCAAAGGUGUCCUGAGGCUUCUGUGAGCAUGGCUGAAGCUCCUGCUGACCUGAGCACAGGAGAUGAUUUGGAGCAAAAGAUCCUGCGGGUGUUGAGCGAUGCUGGUGGCCCUGUGAGGGUUGCCCAGCUGGUGAAGAAGUGCCAAGCGCCCAAGAAAGCACUUAAUCAAGUCCUUUACCGCCUGAAGAGAGAGGCCAAAGUGUCCUCGGAAGCCCCUGCCACAUGGUGCUUAGGCGAGGAUGCUCCUGCAGAUGGGACCCCUGCCAUCCCCGAGGACCCCACCGCGCAGCCCAGCCUCGAUGAAAGAAUCUUCCAAUUCCUAGAAGCCAACGGGCCCUGCAGGGCCCUGCACAUCUCCAAGGCUCUGGGGAUGAAGACGGCCAAAGAUGUGAACCCACGGCUGUAUGCCAUGAGGAACAGCCACCGUCUGAGCUAUGAUGGCCAGACAUGGAAAAUCUAUGGCUCAAGUCGGGAAAGUCACGAGCUAGCUCAUUCUGGAGUCCGACAAGAGUCCCCUGCGGUUAUUUACCAGCAGAGUCCAAUCAACAUGAUCUGCCAACAAGGACCCCACAGCCACAUCUCCAUCACCAAAUCGGAAGCCAUCCAGAUCGGGCACAGGAACGUCAUGCAAAUACAGGGAGCAUGUGGUGAAUCCGAGGACCCCUCUGCUCAGGGCAUCCCACCUGGUGCCUGUGGAGCUCAGCACAUCCACUUGGAGAAGUCUAUGCUCCGACGCGUGCAGCUGGGCCAUGGCAAUGAGAUGACCCUCCCGAGGGAUCCAGUGGAGCACUCUGCUUAUAGCUUUAGUGGCAGCCCUCCAGUCUCAGCCACCACGGCUGACCCAGGAACUUCAUUCAAUGUGCAAACACCUGAGCCAGGCUGUCAUCCUGAGGGGGACAUAGCCCAGAGAGUCCACAUCAAAUCCUGCUUGCUGGAGGAUGCCACCAUUGGCAACAGCAACAAGAUGACCAUCCACCCUGGGUCAAAGGAUGGAGUCGCGGAGUCUGGAGACGGGGAAGAACCGAAAGAAGACACAGGUGCAAGUUCUAAACCCACACCCCUCGGAAGCACUUUCCACACCCCCAGCGACUCCAUGAUGCUCACCUCUGAGCUGAGAGCUAUGACUCUGGAAGACAGCAGCCCCCAGCCCACAGAACCUGUGCUUAGAGAGGACGGAGUCCCAGACACAGAGCUGUCAGACUUAGGAGUGAGGUGAGAGGCCGAGAGGGCACAGGCAGGUGGCUUGUGGGACUUCCUGUGGCU